AUGCAGCGCAAGAAUGAAACAACAAUGGCUGCCGCCUCAUCCUCAGCGACAGCCACCGCCUCGGCAGCUGCCUCCACAUGCAUUAAGAUCAACAUUAGCAACUGCAAAUCGAGCCAUCCCACAACAAGUGCGCGCAGCGGCAAUAAUGGAGCUGGAGCAGCUGCUGCUGGAGGACCUGGCGGACUGCUGCUGGUGCCCACACAUACGCAUCAUAAUCUGCAGCUCGAUAAAAUUUCGGUGCGCUCGAUUAGUUCCGAGGAUAUAUCCAAUGGCGGCAACGGCAGAUGCUGCAGUGCAGCCGCACGCAAUCCGGCCAUAAAAACGGGCAGGCGUUUGCAGUUAAUGCAGAUGAUAAUUUUACCAUUUAUACCAAUAUUGGCACUGAUUGUGCAAACAUCGCUAACACUGCAGGAGAUAUUGGAAUACAGGGUCGAUGUGGCCGGCAUUGAGACACAGGUGACAAUUGCAACGGACUUGGGUAAGGUGGUGACACGCUUGCAGCUCGAACGCUCCGAGGUGGCAUUUUAUAUCUUUACCAAUGGCAGCAAGCAACGUGCCAAUCUAACGCAACGCUUUGCCAACACGGAUCAUGCAUUAAACAAUAUGACAACUUGGAGUGAGAUAAGUGUGCCGACAGCGCCAGAUGAGGACGAGGAUGAGGAUGAUAAAGAGGUCAUGCUGAGUCGUGCAGAUUUUCAAAGUAAGCUCAAUGACUUUCGAGAGCGUGUACGCAAGGAUCCAGAGGACAGUUCCAUAACCGAAGUUAUGAAUUGGUAUACAGCUGUAAAUCGAGGACUACUGCAUCAUUUGAAUGAACAGAUUAAGGAAACGGAUAGCAGCGGUGUGUGGCGUUAUUUGGUGGGCUUUAAGAAUCUGCUUAAGAGCAUCGAAUGCCAAAACAUAGCCACAUCCUUUGGCAUACGUUAUUACGGUCGCGGUCCACUGACAGCGGAAAAUUUUGUCUCCUAUGUGCGUUACGAGUUCAUGGCACGUGAAAUGAUCAAUUCGACACUUAACUAUGCGCCCAUGCUUAAGUCUAUGUAUGCAAAUAUAACUAGCACCAAGAAAUUUCAUCGCGUCAAAUCAAUGAGCAACAUGGUGUUUAAGAACAAGCCAAAUAUAUCCAACGAAAGCAGCGCUACGCAAUAUAAUGAAUAUAUGCAUAACUAUACCGAUGAUUUGAGAAUCUUGCAAAAAGCACUAAGACGUCAAAUAAAAGAAUAUGUAGACAAAACUCUGCAGGAAGCGGAUCGCAAAGAAGCUAUAGGCAUAGCUAUACUUGUGGUAGUACUUUUAGUAUCACCCAUUAUUAUUAUACUAGUCAAGAAUGCAGCAGCAACAAUACAGUUAUACGCCAUGAAUUUAUCCAUAAAAGCCAAAGAGUUGAAACGCGAGAAACGCAAAAGCGACUCGCUGCUCUUUCAAAUGCUGCCCCCGAGUGUUGCAAUGCAAUUGAAACAAACGCAACAGGUGCCCGCUGAGCUCUAUGAGACCGUAACCAUUUACUUUAGCGACAUUGUGGGCUUUACCGAAAUUGCUGCCGAAUGCAGCCCCUUGGAGGUGGUUACCUUUCUCAAUUCAAUUUAUCGCGUAUUUGAUGAACGCAUUGAAUGCUAUGAUGUCUACAAGGUGGAAACUAUUGGCGACUCCUAUAUGGUGGCCUCCGGGUUGCCAGUGAAAAACGGCAACAAGCACGUUAGCGAGAUUGCCACAAUGGCACUUGAUUUGCUGGACGCCUCCUCGGUGUUUAGAAUUCCGCGCGCGGGCGAUGAGUUUGUCCAAAUUCGCUGUGGCGUGCACACUGGACCAGUUGUGGCUGGAAUUGUGGGCACCAAGAUGCCGCGCUAUUGUCUCUUUGGCGACACGGUAAACACCGCCUCACGCAUGGAGAGCACCGGUGAGGCACAGAAGAUACACAUAACCGAGGAGAUGCACGAGUCCUUGCAACAAGUGGGUGGCUUUAAAACCGAGCAUCGCGGUCUUAUCGAUGUCAAGGGCAAGGGACUCAUGAGCACCUACUGGCUAACCUGCAUGGAUGGACCGGUGCGUCAGCGUGAGGAAAUCUCCUGGUGCGCGGAUAUGCAGCCCGUUUUCCUCGAUCAUCUGAAGCAUCCACCGCCAAACUACAAGCUGCCCAAACGCAAAUGAACUACAAUUUAACCAAAUAAGCAAAUUAUAUGUUGCUUCAACCCCCCCACGUUCUAUAUAACUAUUUGCAUGUAUACGACAUAUGUGUGUCUAUUUGUAGCUGUCUAAGUAUUUCUGUGUAUCCUACUUGAUUGUAACGCCCAAUGGGCGUGGCAAGUUAGCGCAUAAUAGGGUUAUAGUUAGACCCAAUGUGUUUGAAAAA